ACUGAGUCUUGUUACAACUCCCCGAUGCCGAAGACCAGAUCACGCCGCGGAUGUGACACCUGCCGGAAACGACAUAUUAAGUGUGACGAGCACCUUCCAAUCUGCUGGCGAUGCGAAGAAUCCCACCGCAGAUGUACAGGACGUCCUCUCAUUUCGCAAUGGGAAGACGGCAGGGUCUUUGAGGAUAAAGAAGCCAAUGGAAAUGGCCGCAACUGGCUACAAAUUCCCGAACGCUUAACGUUCGUCACUGAAAACAUCGAUGCUGCUGUACCGGCGUCAGAGGCGGCCCAAGAUGAGUCAGAUGACGAAUCCAGUCCGACCGACGACCAAGUUCCGGAUGUACACAAUGAGUGGGAUGCGCCUCUUGCCAACCGAUCAGUAUCGGCCUUUCCCCAGCCCCCUAUUCCGGAAUGCUCACAGAAGCCAGCAGACCUGGGCACGUCAGAUGCACUUGUUGAUGAGACGUCCAUGCCGACGUUCGGAAUUACUCGUCCGGAGGAGUUCUUUCCGCCCGACGAAACCAUUUCAGGAACAAGCCUCGCUCUUUUCAAUGAGCACGGAAGUCUUUCGCCGACUACCCCUUCCACGUCCAUCAGACGUCGUGUGUUGAAUGAUCGUGUUGAAGCCAUGCUCUUGCAGCACUUUGCGAAAGAGCUAGCAUGUUGGUUUGAUGUGACCGAUCCUUAUGGUUAUUUUCAGGUGGUGGUGCCUGAGCGAGCCUUCGAGAGUGAAGUCCUUCUGAAUGCAAUAUUUGCAAUCGCCGCGCUCCAUCUCAACCGGUCGCCUCGGAAGGAAUCUGUCGAGGGAUCUUCUCUACCUGUCGACACUGUCCUCGCCGAGGUCUACCAUACCAGAUGUGUAGGGAUGCUCAUAUCCCUAAUCACUGAUGAAAAUUUGGCCACAACCGAAGAUGUUCUAGCCGCCGCAGUCAUACUCCGGAAAUUCGAAGAGAUGAACGGAUACGUGACCCAACAGGACUCCGGGAAUCAUUUACUCGGAGUUUCAGCGCUUUUCAAUUCCCGCACUUGUGCUGUCACAGGGGGUCUAGCCGAAGCAGCUUUUUGGCAGUUUGUGCGGCAAGAUGCCUACAUGUCUCUCUUUAUCCAGCAGCCACCUCGGAUCGACUUUUCAAAACAACAUUUUCAUUUCUCAUUGUCUGAAGCGCCCGACAAUGUCUGGGCCAAUCGCAUCAUCUUCUCUACGGUAAUGAUUUUGACGUACUGCUUCACUGAACAGACAGAAUCACCAGCUCAUUGGGAGGAUCUGAAUUCACAAGUAACUGCUUGGGACGCCCGGAAACCUAUCUCGUUCACACCAAUAUUCUACGAGGAGGCAUCAAUGCAUAGUGGAAAAUUCUGGCCCGAGAUCCGAUUCUGUACUUCAUGCCGAAAUACAAUUCUUACGAAGCAACGUUAAUAUAGCAACGGGGACCCAAUACUUCCAUCUUUGCAAGAUUCUACUGAGUCUCUACAAACCUGAUCUUCCAGCACCGGGAGCAGGGCUGAGGUACACUCGGGCUCACAAGGCAAUGAAAGAAGCGGUCAUGCUCCACGCAAGAGCUGUGUGCGGCAUAGCUUACUCGAAUCAUUUUGUCAACCCAAAGUUCAACCUGUGUCCAAUCAUGCAUAUGUGCGGAGGCUGGUUCGCAGAAGUCAACGAGCAACGCGCAAUUCUGGAGCUUCUCCAAAGCACAGAAAAUGCUCACGGAUGGCCUACGAAGUACGUACGAGACUCACUGAGAGAGCAUUGGGAUAUGGAAUAGAUCGGAUCCACUGGCAUAUCGACAACGGGCAUGUCUC